AGGGCAUAACCAAGCGUAACACACAAUCCUUGAGAGGAGGGGAGAGAGAGAGAGAGAGAGAGAGAGCGAGAGAACUAUAAAUAUAUUAUAUAUGUAUAUACGUAUAUAUAUCCUCAAAUCCGGAAUCCUCCAAUCCAACUUCUGCACAACCCCCUUCUUUUCGCUUUCUUUGUAAUCUGAAUUUUGCUUUUUAACAGUUUCGAUUGUUGCAGGUGUCAACCCAGAUGGGCAAGUCCUCUUCUUCUCGUACCAAGAAGCGCUCCAAGGUUUCCUCCGAGGCUCGAACAAGGAAGAAGAGUAAGAGUAAGACCAAAACAAGGAAAUAUAGAUCCAAGAAGCUUCGCUGUCGUGACGAUUCUUCUUCUUAUUCCGGUGAGGAUGAUUCAAGAAGUUUGGAAUCGUUAUCGUCUUUUAGCUCAGAUGAUGAUUUGAGAAGUAGAAGGGCUCGAUCGCGCGCUAGGAAGGAUGCAAAAGGGAGCAAGAAGAGGGCUCGGAGACGAUCUUAUAGCCCUGACAGCAGCGAGGACUCUCCUCGUAGAAAGAAGAGGAAAUUGGCAAAGAAGAAGAAUGAUAAGAAAACCCAUUUGAGGAAGAAGCCUAGUAGCAAUGCUAGCGUUAGUUCCAGGAGUAGCGCGUCGUUUAGGUGCUCAACUUGUCCUAGUGAGAGUAUUAGCAGUGAUGAGAUUGAAUCUAAGAGGCAUAGGGGCAGACCUGGAAAACGAAACAGAGAUGACAGUGGGAUUAACAAGGUUGAAAGUGGGACUAAGAAGGCUAGGUAUAGGUCAAGGAGUUGUUCUUUACGCAGUCAGCGUAGCGAGAGUGGUGAUUGUCGGAGUGAGGAAAAAGUGACAUAUGAGAACAAUACGAGGAGGUUGAGAUCUGUAGUUACGGUAGCAGAAGAAAACGAGCAUGGAAGAUGGAUGGAUACAGAUGCGCACAAAGAAGAGAUUACAUAUGAUGACGAUUACCCUUCUUGUAGGAGUAAUGAUAGUAAUGAUGGAGGGGGCAAGAGGGAGUUGGAUGAUCGUUUAGAUGUUGCAUUUGAGAAGAGAAUGGAAGUAGAGAGUGGGAAAGAGGAAGAAGCUUAUGUUUCUAAUGUUCUAAUCAUGGAUCUCAAAGAUAGUCGUAACAUUUUGGAAAAAGAUUGUACGGGCCAAGAUGAUGGAAUCGGGAUUACUGAUUCUGUUAAUGAAAAUAAGAACGAGGUUUCUGGGGCAAUCAGUAGUCUGCCAGGUGAGGAUCUGGAAUCAAUUUUAAGACAAAGGGCUUUGGAAAAUCUAAAAAGGUUCAAGGAAAGCAUCAAAGAAUUUCAGCGGAUAAGGGCGCUUCUGGGAUUGCCCAAACUGUGCCCCAAAGCAGCCAUAGAAACGGCGAAGGUAUCAAACAUGAGUUCUGAUAAACAGCAAGAUGAAGCUACAGAUGGCUCACAGUUUGAGCAGAAAACAAUGUCGGUGAUGCGAGGUAGUGAAAUGGUACAGGUGAGUUACAAGGUUUACAUCCCUAAGAAAGCUCCUGCUCUGGCGAGGAGGCAACUCAAGCGGUGACGUAUGAUCAUCGUUCUGGUGUGCACUAUUCGCUCUUGGUUAAAGCGUUGCAUACAAAGGGGCUGUAUUUUAUCGGACAAGUGAUGCAUUGCACGAUGUAAUUGGCCUUCUAGCAGACAUUUUCAUCCGAGAAAAAUAUUGAAAUCCGCGGUUUAGUAGUCGUUUUUGGUAGUUAUAUCAUCUCACACUUUUUGGUUUAAUGACAUUGAUAUGCUUUAUCUCUUUGGUGUUCUUUUUCUUGUUUAUGUGAGUUGCUCACAGAUAUUAAAUGAAUAAUGAUGAAAUAAUAUGUUCAGAACAGUA